UGAACGAGCAAGAAAAAUUAAAGUAAAAGAUGACUAUAAUGAGAAACGGGCUGAAGAAAUGAUGGCUGAUGAGGAGGAGCGCGGAGAGCGGUCGCGCGCGGAGGAGGCGCAGCAGGCGCGCGAGCGCGGCGAGCGCGGCGAAGCGGACGAGCGGCGGCGGCGCGAGCUGCGCGGCGACGAGCAGCGCGAGCUGCGCGACGGCCUGCUGCUGCAGAUGGAGGACCAUCGCCGCGGCCGCCGCGAGGAGCGCCAGCGCGACCAGCACUUCUGCGACGCGGCAAAUGUACUAAUGGCAGCCAACGACGAAGAUGUGAAGGAGAGAACUCGCAAGAAGAAGGAAGUGAACAACCAGUACGGUGAGGACCUGCGAGAGCAGAUCGAGGACGACGCGGCCCGCAGGCAGAUGGAGAGGGAGGAAUACAGGAAGUAAUGAUGCAACGGAUGCUGGGAUGUUAUCGCGCAAGAUAAAGAAUUUAACAAUGGAACUAACGUGGAUGCUUUUGGGAGACUUGUAAUUUAGGAGCUAUAAGUCUAUAAUCAGUGCGAUCGUUUAGCACGUGCUUCUUAUUAUUAAUAAAGAAAUAAAUAUUUUUCUUCAGAAUUCAAAUGUAGAAUCUUGGAAAUUUUUUUAAAUGUUUGAAUUAUGAUAUCGUAUUUAGAUUCUAGUUUCAGUACGCGGUGUGGUCGCGAUUCCUAAAUAUUACGUGAUUUCUAGACUAAGUACAUUCACCUAUCCAAAAAAAAAAA